CGGACUCAUGACGCUGUAGGCCCGGCCCCAGCCCACGAAACCCAUACCUCAAUCGAGGGGAAAAAACCCUGGCAAAGGCGAAGCCGUAAUUAUUCCCGGGACGCACUUCCCCGGCGGCGACCACCGCUCGCUGCCGGGACCCUCGUCGCCGCCGGUCCCCGUGCGGCCUCCUCCUCCACGCCGCCGGCCAUGUUCUCCAUCGCGGCCAUCAACGAGAGCGACACCGUCGGCCAGUGGGAGCCGCUCGCGCCGACCAAGGAAGCACAGGAAUCUGCACUUUCGCAUAAAUACCAUGAGGGACUCCUCAAGUUGCAAGAAAAAGACUACACAAAAGCUUGUGAACUUUUGGAGGAUGUUUUGAAGGAUCCACUAAUAUCCGAAAUUCAGGUUGAGAACAUUGGCAGUGAUCAGCAUUUGCUGCAGCUAAGGUUUUUGACAUUGAAAAACCUUGCAUCUGUUUUCCUUCGACAAGGAUCGAAAUUUUAUGAUAAUGCUCUCCGCUGUUACCUACAAGCUGUGGAGCUUGAUACAAAUGAUUCAGUUGUAUGGAAUCAUCUGGGAACACUCUCGUGCACAAUGGGUUUGCUGAGCAUAUCAAGAUGGGCAUUUGAGCAAGGGCUUCUAUGCAGCCCAAACAAUUGGAACUGCAUGGAGAAACUUUUGGAGAUCCUUAUAGCGAUCCGUGAUGAAGUCGCUUGUCUUUCAGUAGCAAGUUUAAUACUUAUGAAUUGGCCAUCACAUCAUCGUGCAUUACAUGUAAAGAAGACCAUUGAAGAUGUGGAACCAGUGCCUUUUGCACCACGGGGUAUCGACAUCCUUGAACCCAAGCAUGCCAAACUUGAAUUUUCCAAUAAAAGAAAAUCUGCAGACAAUGUAUUAAAUCAAGAAACAAGGAAGAGGAGUAAACGGGGUGCAACAUUGCAACUUGUUGAAGCCAAAUGGACAUCGGUUUUAGAUGGCAUCAUAAGUCUCUUAACUGCAAAAAAUGUGAAAGCUGAUGAAAAUCAUUGUGCAAAUACUGAGACUAGAUGUUCAGACACUGAGGGGACUGUCAAGGGGCUUGGUUAUAACACAGUGGAUGUCGUCUUAUCUAUAGGUACAUCCAAACCUAUGGAAUCUGCUGGUGAAAGUGAAAAUGUUUUGUACCGGGAUGGUGAAAGUUUACAAUCGCAUGAUGGCACACCUACAGUUAAAGAGAAAGAUGUUAAUUCAGACAGAGAACAUCCUCAUGAAAGGCGAAGCAGACGCCUUGAGAGGCUGCGGAGUCGCAAACCCGAAAAAGAUGAAAAUGAAUCCAAUGGCAAAGAUUUAUCUCAUGCAAUAACUCAGUUUCUAGACUCAUUUAUCCUGAAGGGGGCAAGCACUGCAUAUAAGACUGAUUCUUCUGGAAAUGCUGACAUUUCUAAUCCAGAAAUUCCCACAUAUACGUCCGACCGUGAGACAGACGAUGUUAAGCAAUUUCUAUUGAAGAUAUGCAAGAAUAAUGGUCCUUGUCAUAUUGGCUUUAUGUUAUUGGAGGAGAUUGCUCAUAUCGACAUACCUUUUCAAGAUUACUUUGCUAACUUUGUUGAACUAGAGAAACUUACUAGAGGCUGGGCGCAAGAUAGAUCUGCGCUGUGCAGUUUAUUUCUUGCUGAACUAUACUAUGAUCGAGCUAUAUGUUCUGGAAGCCCAUCAACAUCCUCAGAACUAUCUGAUUCUUCUUACCAUCUUUGUAAGGUCAUCGAAUCAGUAGCUAUGGAAUUGCCAUUAUCUGUUGAGAAAAUGAACUCUACCAGCUUUGAUUUGGACAAGGAAAACUGCAAGGCAGAAAUACGUUCAAGUGAUAAAACAGAGAGAAAUGCUUCAGAUACGUCCAAAAGCUGUUCAAACUCUAACGGAUCAAUUUCCAGUAACAUGUUUUGUGAUGAAACAUCUUCUUCAAAUACUGAUUAUGUGUUCUGGAUUCGCUUCUUCUGGCUGAGUGGCUGUCUGUCCCUUGCACAAGAGUGCAAAGAAAAAGCUUAUAAGGAGUUCAAUGUUGCUCUGUCACUCCUAAGAAGUAGCAGCAAAACCAAUAGCAGUAGAGAGUUUAUCCCUCUACCUCACAGCAAGCUUGUAAAGUUUCUGACAGCUGAUAGGAUUCUGCGUGAAAUUAACUUGAUCAAGCUCGAUUAUUUACUUUGGAAGAACGAUGAAAAUAUCAACAACAUAACUCAUACAGAGUUCAAGGAAUUGCUUCCUCCACUGUUGCUUUCCACCAAUGAUGUCUAUGGUGGCAAUGCAUAUGAUUUGCCGAGCAAAAGUGAGAACGUGAUUUCACUUGAGUUGGGUGCCUUGGAUGUCUUAAUAUCUGCAUGUGAAAGGGCUAAACCAAUGAACGUCAAUAUCUAUCUUGACUCUCACCGAAGGAAAAUACAAGUUCUAACUGUGGCAGCUGGCAUGGUUGGAUCUAUUACUCCCCACAAGGGAAACAUUUCAAGUGAUGCGGAUUUUGUGGAAGCAAUGAACAGAAAUCGGUUGGACAGUGUUGUGGACGCAGUCAAGGACGUAUCACGAAGUGUCAGUACAGCAAAAGACGUUAUUGAUCAAUGUGAUACUUCUGAUGGGCAAGAGGGCUUGAGUUCACUAGUUCAUAUCAUUGGCAAUAUUCAAUCAUUGCUUCUUACAAUCAUGUGUGCUGCUGUCAAGAUGAUUGUAUGGAGAAAACUCUCGUGCUCUGGAACCUCGGAUGAGGCUGACCAGUUGGAGAGUUCUUGCCUUGUAGAUGCAGCCAUUGCGUUUUGCAAACUUCAGCAUCUUGAUCCAACGAUAUCGGUCAAAACUCAGGUUGACUUAAUUGUCGCAGUCCAUGAUUUGCUUGCUGAGUAUGGGCUCUGCUGUGCCGGAAGGGACGGUCAAGGGGAGGAAGGGACUUUCCUCAAGUUUGCAGUCAAACAUCUCAUGGCACUAGACGUGAAGCUAAAAUCUCAACUUAAUCCAAAUGGAAUGGAAGGAGAUUCACUUCUAAAAAGUGGCAGAGCAGAGGACAGUGUAACUGAUGACCGCUCUAUUUGUGACGAUAAGCAUAACUCUGAGGAUGAGGAAGAAUCGGAGUUGGAGGAAAUGCAAUCAAGUAUUGAUAGUGCCUUGGACCAGGCUUUUUUCUGCUUAUAUGGUUUGAAGAUAAACCCGGAUUCUUGCAGUGAAGAUGAUCUAGCCGUACAUAAAAAUGCAAGCCGUGGUGACUAUCAAACAAAAGAACAGUGUGCUGAUGUGUUUCAGUAUGUCCUACCAUAUGCAAAAGAGCUAUCUAAAACUGGUUUGGUUAAACUACGGAGAGUGCUGCGCGCGAUACGCAAACAUUUUCCGCAGCCACCUUCUGAAAUAUUAGUUAAUAACCCUCUUGACAAUUUCCUGGACGGACCUGAUUCAUGUGAAAAGAUACUCUGUGAAAUUUAUGAUACCCAUGGAUCCAGGGAAGCAGUCCUGAAUGUACUGUUUCCAGGUGAAAGAGGCUAUGAAGCAUUCAAGAAACUUUCCGCUGACAGCUCCGAGCCUUACUCAGAUGUUUAUGGAAGCCUGUAUCACUACAUCACAGAAGCUGAAGAUACAAGUCCCAGCGACAAGUACACAGGUUUUGUGUUGAAAAAGGAAGGAGGAGAAUUUGUUGAACAAAGUGCAAAUCUUUUCAAGUAUGAUCUGUUGUAUAACCCAUUACGGUUUGAAAGCUGGCAAAGGCUUUCAAGUUUAUAUGAUGAGGAAGUUGACCUGUUGCUGAACGAUGGUAGUAAGCAUAUAAGCAUUUUGGAUUGGCGAACAAAUACAGCUUUAAUUCAAAGGGUUGAGGCAGGCCGUAGACAUAGUCGACGCAGCCUGAUGAUGAGUUUAAUAUUGGCUAAAACUAUUCCUGAUCAGGUUGAAAUGCAUGAAUUGUUGGCCCUAGUUUACUAUGACAGCGUUCAAAAUGUGGUACCUUUUUAUGAUCAAAGAUCUAUAUUGCCUGUGAAGGAUGCAACAUGGGACAUUAACUGCCAAAAUUCGCUGAAGCAAUUUGAGAAGGCUUUUGAACUCUUGUCUCAGUGGCUCCAUGCAUUUUACCUUGGAAAGCUGUGUGAGAAACUGGGGCAAUCACCUGCUAAGGCAUUUUCAUACUACAAGAAAGCCAUCACAUUGAAUCCAACUGCAGUUGACCCGGUUUACAGGAUGCAUGCAUCACGCUUGAAAUUACUUUAUACCCGAGGGAAACAGAAUCUUAAUGUGAUACAGGUAGUUGCUGAUUACACAUACAACCAGUCGACUAAGGAAAAUGUCUUGAGCAUGCUGGGGUCCUCUGAACAGAAUGAUAAUGCUCUGGAUGAUGCGGAGGGAAAUAAGUUAGUUAAGCCUGACUUACUUGAUAAAGCAUGGCACAUCCUUUAUGAUGACUGUCUGCAUGCCCUUGGUACUUGUGUGGAAGGGGAGUUAAAGCAUUUCCACAAGGCAAGGUACAAGCUUGCUCAAGGAUUUUAUAGAAGGGGUGAAGCAGGGGACCUGGAGCGGGCUAAGGAAGAGCUCUCAUUUUGUUUCAAAUCCACUCGCUCUUCCUUUACAGUGAACAUGUGGGAAAUUGAUGGUGCUGUUAGAAAAGGAAGGAGGAAAAAUCCGAAUAUCGGUGUAUCCAGAAAGAAUCUGGAGGUCAGUUUAUCAGAAAGUUCACGAAAAUUCAUUACAUGCAUCAGGAAGUAUAUGAUACUAUACUUGGACCUGUUGGAGAAGAACAUGGAUUUGUGGACUCUUGAGAGGGCAUACACAUACCUGCGAACCGAUAAGAGGUUUGCUCUAUGUUUGGGUGAUAUUGUUCCUGUCGGUCUCGGGAAGUAUCUUCAAGUUUUAACAGCAGCGAUCCGUGAUCCUGAGAUCCGUCGAGUUUGUGGUGAUGUUUCUACUGAGCAACUACUUGAGAAAAUGUUUGGCGUAUUCAUGGACCAUGCAAACAUGUUGGCUGAUAUAAGCACCAUACCAGAGGUGAACAGUCCAGAGUUGUCAGAAAGCAAUCUUUACGGCUAUAUCCACCAAUAUAUCCAUUUGCUCGAAAGCGAUGUCCGAGUAGAUGUUCUUGAAGCACUAAACGAGAAGAUAAGAAAGCGUUUCAAGACACCUAAAUUGACAAAUAGCAACUUUGCGAAGAUCUGUAAGCAUGCUUCUCUGUCAUGGUGCCGGUGUAUACUCAUCAAAUUGGCCUCAAUCACCCCGCUGCCUGAAUCUAUGGACACAGACAAUCAGCCUGUUCCAUUAUCCAAUGGCCUUCUAUUGUACGUUGAUCUGCAACCUGAUGAGCUCCUUAUCUCAUCCCCUGAUGGGCCUACUCAAUUCAAAGGUCUUGACAUGAAUUGGUUUGAGACACUCGCUAGAAUUAAAAACAUUCCGAUCAGACAGACAUCCGAAGAUAACAUGGAGACUGCAGUUACUGUAAUGAAGAGCACUUCCAACUUUUAUCGGGACAGUUCUUGUGGAACAUUUCCCUCAGGUAUUAAUCUCUACACAGUAACCCCAUCCCAGGCAUCUGUUGAAGGGUUAUUACAGCAAGCCCCCGGUAUAGUUGAUACCCUUGACCUAAGCAUCCCAAGGAAGCUCCUUCUGUGGGUAUAUACAUUAGUUCACGGUCGAUAUUGCAACAUAUCCGCCGUCGUGAAGUACUGCGAUGAGAUGAAGGCAAGAAAUAAAAGAGGAACCCUAACGGCGGCAGCUUCGUCACAAGUCACGCCUCCAGCACCGCACAGCUCUGUUUCUUCUCAUGUUACAUCUAAAGAAAAGAGUGCGCAAACCGUGUCCAGUGAAGCUCAAGAAGCAAAUGCCUCUGCUCCAGUUGCGGCCACUGUUCCUCUCCACCAAGAAGCAGAGGGCAGCGCAUCGCUGAUUGCCACCGAGGCACAGAAACCCAGCGCCGUGGCAUCCCAACUCUCACGCAGCAGCUCAUCUAGGACAAUGGAAAGUGCUCCGGAUGGCGGUCAAGGCAAUGCCGGUGCAGCUUGAAUGUACAUGCUUAUCUACACCCAUGUGAGCUCCGCGGAUGGUCAUGAGAUUAGAUUGAAGGCUUCUUCCUUCCAGCAGAAAUAUGAUGUACUGCAGUUGUAGCAGAAGUAGGCCUGAGGUCUUUCCUGGUGUACAAACUAACCUUAUAGUACAAGCUAAUGUAGCACUAAGACAUGUUUGAUUUGCAGCCACACUUUGCCAAAUGUUAGACAUACAAGUUGGGCGAGUGUUUGGUUGUAGUCAGAGUUGUGAUGCGCCACACUUUUUUAACAUCUUACCCCACUUUUCAGACU